UCAUAAAUCAAGAACGACAAGAGAGAGAGGCGGGCGGCAGGAGGAGUCGAAGAUUUGCAGCGAGUAGCGGCAGAGCGGAACAGAGGAGGGGUCCUUCAAAACCCUCUCCCCGACGCCAUGGCAGGAGUCAAAUCGGUCGGUAAGAAACCCUGCGCAGCCCUCAGCGGACCCACAAUUUCAAAGCCACUCUUCGUUUCGGCCUUGCUGAUUCUUGAUUCAAUCUUGGUCUCCCUCAUCAUAUGCUACGUCCCAUAUACCAAGAUAGAUUGGGAUGCCUACAUGUCUCAGGUAGAUGGGUUUCUUGGUGGAGGGAGGGACUACACGAAGCUGGAAGGGGACACAGGGCCUUUGGUUUAUCCAGCGGGGUUUCUCUACGUCUACUCUGCCAUCAAGUUUAUAACUGGCGGGCAGGUCUUUCCUGCUCAGAUUUUAUUUGGCAUUUUAUACAUUGUUAAUCUGGGCAUUAUUCUGUUGAUAUAUAUAAAGAAUGACACGCUUCCAUGGUGGGGUCUUGGGUUGCUAUGUUUGUCGAAGAGAAUCCAUUCCAUAUUUAUUCUUCGUCUCUUUAAUGACUGUUUUGCAAUGACCCUUCUCCACUGUUCCCUAGCUUUGCUUCUUUAUCAAAAGUGGCAUCUGGCUUUGAUCAUUUUCAGUGGUGCUGUAUCAAUUAAGAUGAAUGUGCUUCUUUAUGCUCCCUCCUUGUUUCUACUCAUGUUGAAGGGUAUGACUAUUCAGGGGGUUUUUUCUGCCUUGCUGGGUGCUGCAUCAUUGCAGAUUCUUUUGGGUUUGCCUUUCUUGUUAACACAUCCGAUUGGGUACAUUUCAAGAGCCUUCAAUCUUGGACGCAUCUUCAUCCAUUUCUGGUCUGUAAAUUUUAAAUUUGUUCCAGAAGAAAUUUUUGUAUCAAAAGAAUUUGCAAGUGCUUUGCUGCUGCUUCAUCUUACCUUGCUUGGAGUAUUUGCACAUUAUAGAUGGUCACAGCAUGAAGGAGGACUUUUCCAUCUGUUGCAUUCAAGACUGAGUAAUGCUGUAUCAAAACUUUUCUCUAUUCGACAGUUUCUUUCUUGUGAAUCAAGAUUCAAAACUCUUAGUAGAGAACAUAUCACAACAGUAAUGUUUGUUGGGAACUUCAUCGGCAUUGUGUGUGCUCGAUCUCUGCAUUACCAAUUCUAUUCAUGGUAUUUCUACUCUUUGCCUUUUCUUCUAUGGAAGACGCCUUUCCCUACUUCUCUUCGGCUUGUUCUGUUUGCUGCUGUGGAGCUCUGCUGGAAUAUUUUUCCCUCUAACUUUUAUUCUUCUUUAUUAUUACUCUGUAUACAUCUCUCCAUUUUAUGGGGCCUCUGGAUUGCCCCAAGUGAAUAUCCCUAUGUCGAUGGAAAACCAUCCCAGACAAAGGAGGAAUGACCUCUGUCAUGAUAGCAACCAAGUUGUUGGUCAUCUUUGAGCCAUGCCAACUGCAUCACAAUUCUUACCAAACAACAAAAAGCUGUAUCAGGAUGCAAUUUUAGGCCUUGAUUGAAUAGUAUUGAUGACCUGCAUUGGUGGGGCUGUUCCCAUGCUUGUAAAGGAAUUUUAUGCUUUUCCUUCUUCUGUUAACUGCAUUUCCAUGUUUAAAACAGCAAGAAAGGUGCUUAGCUGCAGCUCUUGGCCUGGAAAGCGUGAGAAAUUGAUUCAAGGGCAAACUUUAUCUCACCAAGGAUAAGUUAAUUUCCAAAGACAAUCGGUGACUGCGAAGGAAAUGUUGUUGUUGUUGUUGUUGUUUUACUUUCUUCUUUUUGCAGCACUUGUCAUGUGCUCUCAUGACAUUUCAAUCUUCCUGGAUAACCCCUUCACUUUC